CUCGGUUGGUUGCUGCCAUAAUACUGUAAUCCUGACCAUGACAUCGUCUGACGACGAAGAUUGGCGCGAAGAGGUCGAGUAUGCAGUGGGAACGAUCCGCGUAGGGACAGAUCUGCAGUUUGAGAUCCGCCAAAUGGAAGAGCUGUCGCUCGCUGGUUCGCUCUCCAUGCUCUCCGAGAUGAGGGAGACCACGUCAGAGAUCUCCGGACAGCGUAUCUGGCCUGGCUCGUACCUCCUUGCCGAAUACGUCCAUGCGAAUCCCGACAUCUUGGCAGGAAAGCGCGUGCUGGAGUUGGGUGCUGGCACAGGACUCGUGAGUCUUGUGGCACGCUUGGCCGGGGCAACGUCUGCGAUCGCCACUGACGGCGACUUGGACGUCGUCACUGACAUCCUCGCAUGGAACGUUCAGAACAACGCCGCGACGAAUGCCACGUUGGGCUCGAUUGACACGACGUCGUUGUGGUGGGGAGACGCGUCCUCCAACGAGGCAUUCCGUGAUCGAUUCGGCAGCAACCCUUUUGACGUUAUCGUGGCUGGCGAUGUCCUGUACAAGGGCGAGUUGGUGCCACUACUUCUGUCUACCGUCCUCAAAUGGAUGCAUACUGCUCACGGAACCUUCUUCCUCUGCCACAUUCCUCGUGCUGAUGUCUCCCACGAAGUGCUGCAGCAUGAGUUGCUUGCCCACGGCUUCUCGUUUGAAGUCGUACUCGACCACGCGGCGAUAGGCACACAGGAUGCGGCAAGGCUGCCCACAGACUGUGCUAUCGACGACGUUAUCAAAGCCAAGGUGUAUCGAAUUAUACACACGAACGCCACGACGUAAGUCAUCGCGAUCCGUUAAUAAUAGAGAGAUAUUAAUAUCAUAUAUGUUUCAGCUUC